AUGCCAAGAGCCGGUAAAACGAAAUCUAGAUUACACACUUCAGCUGUCAGCUUACCUUCGAAAUUAAGGACAGCUGAAGUCGUACCAGCAGAUAUACCCUCUUUAGCAGAACCUCCCCACUCGAUAAUUCAAAAUGAUGAACCCUCAUCUUCACGUUCGCAACAGCAGAAAAAAGCAGAUUUCAUAGCUGCCGUUCAAUCAGCACCUCAUCCCUAUAUGAUCAAAUCGAAAUCCCACCUCCGACGAGAAAAACGAAAGGUCAAAUCACAGAAUUCAUCUACGAAUUUACAGUCUCUGGAGAAUGCGCUAGAAACAAUUUUACCCGACGUCGAUCGUUCGGAAGAGCAUGAUGGGGCAAACGGAAAAAUGGCUGUAAAGGGAGAAGGGGAGAAGAGGAAGGUGAAGAAGGAUAAAGAAGUGAAGAAGAUUGGGGAAGGGAAAGGAAGGACGUUGGGCGAGAAGAAGAGACGAGAUGUUAUCCAAGAGGCCUCGAAACGUAUACCUGCGGUGUUAUCUCAUCCAGCGUAUAAAUCCAAUCCAUGGGCGGCGAUACGUGAACAUGUUGGUAAUACCAUAGUAGCGAAGGAUAAUAACGGAUCGGUAAAAAAUUGA